AUGGAUAUUGAUAGUCCAGAUGAGGAUGUCCAGGUAGAAGUGUAUUCGCCAGUCAUGGACGACUCGGAAAAUGAGCAGUUUGAACAUGUCGAGAUUCCAACCAUCCCAGCAUCAUCAACAUCAAACAAAACCAAGUUCAAUCUCGCGGAAGUUCUUGACGGUGAUGCUGAUCAUAUACUUGUUGAUGACAAAACGGCAUUGGGCUCUCUCGGUGGAUAUGAUACUCCUGAUCCUGAUGACGAAGCUGAUGAAGAAGAACGUCCUCCUCCAGAAGGGUUUUGUGUUGAAUGUGAAGAUCAGCCAGCCAAUGGUGUUUGCGAUGUUUGCAAGGACGCUUAUUGUGAAGUUUGCUAUCAAGGACAACAUCGAAAGGGAGCUAGACGACAGCAUAAAUUAGUCUUGUUUGCAGGUGUCCCAGCGUCUCAAUCCAUCACCAAAUCAACCAUGCCAACACCUAAUAUCAACAACAACAAUAGCCAUGCAUCCGCAUUACCCUCACUAUCUGCCAUGAACGGAGCCGCCAAUGGUCAAGGUUCCAAAUCACCAAAAGCUGGCUGGAAGUUUUCAUUUGGAUUCAGUCAAAAGAACUCGGCCCCAGACUCGGAUGAUGAUGACAUUGAAGAUGCAGCAGAUAGUGGAAGUGAAGCUCCUGCACCAUCUAUAUCCACACGAGCACCGCUACUCGACGAGUAUGUCGAGAGAUCAAAAUAUAUACCUCUUCGGCUCGAAUACGGUGAACGCAAGUAUGUGAGGCUCAUCUCUGCUGCUCUCGAUAUCUCGGAAUAUACAGACAAGGUCGAUAUUCAGAGUUAUGCAAACAAACCCAAACGCAUUGUUGCUCAGAUAAAAGAACUCUGCCAAAUCCUUUCUGGUUUGGUAGUCAGUGCUGAUUACAAGAUUGGACAAGAACUCUUCAGCAAUCGGGACUUUGCAGACAAUGAGAGUUUCUUUCAAAGGAUAUUUGAACUUGGACGACGCCAUAAAGUGAUGAAUCCAGACAAAAUGAGGUCAUCUUACGGCAAAUUGAUGUAUAUGUUAAUGGAUUCACAAAUACCAGAGAUUCAAGAGAUGCUAGAAUUCAAUUGUGUUACUCCUUUGCAGACCGUGCAUGGUACUUUAAAUGCCAAAACAGCCCUGAACGUGUUGAGUGAUGAGCUCAUGCCCGUGGCGACCGAAGAGAUCAAUCCAGAAAACAAGAGCCGUUAUCAGAUACAAGCAGAUAUAAAACGUAAAGAAAAAUCUAUAGAAUUGCUCGCCCGAAAGUAUGGAAGUGCCGAUUGUAGCCCGGAGGUUAUACGUACUUGCCUAUAUUCAAUUGGAGACAACAAUGCAUUCUUGAGGCAAAAUCGAGAUCCAUGUGAUAAGAUGCUCUACUAUUUGACGAAAUACUUUCACGCUGAGAAAGUUGAAAAGAACUAUUCGCUGGCCAUACAAUCUGGGAAAGGCGGGGCAAGACUUACUCACAACCAUACUCGUCAAUUCAACUACGUCUUCCAAUCUCUUACCCUCUGGUCGAUGGUGUUGCAUGAAUUCUAUAAGAUGUGGAUGAUGGCCGAACUUGAUCUACUUGACAACCAAUCAAUGUAUCGUUUGAGAGACACAGGCCAAGGUCUCAAUCGAGUUCAACAUGCACCACGUGUGGGCCGUAUGAUGAACAAUAUAUUGAAUGCUGCACAAACCAAAGUGGGAAGCUGGGUUGGAAGUAGCGUUGUGCAUCUCGGCGACCACAAUGUGCCUAAUGCAUUCAUAUUCAUUGACAAGUACACUCAGAUCUGUCGAAUACUUGGGCCCAUUACCCUAUGUAUUGAAAAGAUUGGUGAAAUUGCCAAAGAUCCAGCAAUUCACACAUACAUCAAAAAUGGAUAUGGUUCGGUCGACGACUGCAGGAAGACUAUAUUACGAGAUUUCUUUACACAUGCGUUUGAUGGCAGUGGUGCCGACAAUUUCUUUGAUGCCGGAAGUUGUAUUGAUGGCCGCUUGACUUCAGCAUGGAAUUGGUGUUCUAAAAUUGAGUCCAAACCGUAUUUCUACGUGAUGCUCUUGACUGGAUUUGUUGGAUUCGAUGCCAAGACGAAGACUAAUCAUAUACGAGGAGAAUGUACAUUACGUUUGAAGGAACUUGGCAGGAAGCCUAUACCGUUAAUAGAUGUGGCCUUGACUACUUCUUAUCAAGAUGUAUUGGCGGCACAGAGUAUUUCCUGGGCUGUUCGACAAGUUAUCAGGAUGAUUACUGUAGUUUACACUAUUACUGAUACCGAGACUACACUGGCUUCUACCGAUGUCCAAGGAACCACCGAGCACUAUACUAUUGAUUUCGAGUGGGCUGAAAGGCAUCAUCCGAUCUUUGGUAAUUUCAAGGAUCGAAUGAAACGCCUGGAAGAUGGAUCACUCUACCUUGAAGCAGUCAGUGAAGAAUACCAUUGGAGCACUGAAGGAAAAUGGACGCUGGAAGAAGAUGGACAAUUGCUUGUGCGCUCGUAUCAUUUCAAGUCGCCCACACUGGAGAAGGAUUUGAGACUUUGUUAUCGCAAACAGCCUUAA